ACGUCCACGGAAUCCGCGUUCACGCGUCGCCCAUCAGAUUGUCAAAACUUUCGAGAAGCGUUUUGGAAACUCUGCCGCUGUGAUAUCUACCAACGUACAGAUAUUCUACACAUCCGCCGAAAGAUGUGGAAGUCCGUGGUGGGCCACGAUGUGAGCAUGAAGGUGGCUGCUGGGGGGGACGACUGGGAGACGGAUCCUGACUUUGAGAAUGACGUCUCGGAGCAGGAGCAGAGGUGGGGGGCCAAAACCAUCGAGGGCUCGGGACGCAAAGAGCACAUCAGCGUUGCAGAGCUCAGAAGCAAAGUGGCUGUGGAGCACGAGAAGGUGAAGCAGAAGGAGCAGACUCCCAAAGCGUCUUACGGCUACGGGGGGAAGUUUGGAGUGGAGAAGGACCGGAUGGACAAGGCGGCUGUAGGUCACGACUACGUGGCCCAGGUGCAGCAGCACUCCUCCCAGACAGAUGUGGCCAAAGGGUUUGGCGGCAAAUUUGGUGUUCUAAAAGACCGCGUGGAUAAGUCUGCCAUGGGCUUUGAGUACAAAGGAGAGGUUCAGCAACAUGCUUCUCAGAAAGAUUACUCCAAAGGGUUUGGAGGAAGGUAUGGCGUUGAAAAAGAAAAGGUGGACAAGGCAGCCUUAGGCUACGACUAUAAGGGAGAAACGGAGAAGCACCAGUCGCAGAAAGACUAUGCCAAGGGCUUUGGAGGGAAGUAUGGUGUCGAAAAGGAAAAAGUGGACAAGGCAGCCUUGGGUUACGAUUACAAAGGAGAGACGGAGAAGCACCAGUCGCAGAAAGACUACUCCAAAGGGUUCGGAGGGAAGUUUGGCGUUGAGAAGGACAAAGUGGACAGAGCGGCGCUCGGGUACGAUUAUAAAGGCGAGACAGAGAAGCAUCAGUCGCAGAAAGACUACUCAGCAGGGUUCGGCGGGCGUUACGGGGUGCAGGCGGACCGCAUGGAUAAGAGCGCUGCAGCCUUCUCAGACAUGGACUCUCCAACAUCUGCCUAUGAAAAGACACAACCGCUGGAAGCCUCAAGCUCAGGCGCGGGGAAACUCAAGGCUCGCUUUGAGAGCAUGGCUCAGGCAUCAGAAGAAGCCAACCGGAAGAAAGCCGAAGAAGAGCGAGCGGCGAGACGAGCCAGGGAGAGCAGGGAGCGGGAGGAGAGCAGGGAGCGGGAGGAGGCCAGGCGCAGACUGGAGGAGGAGAACAGCAAACGGGAGGAGUUUGAUUCGCCUCCAGCUCAAGAAGAGUCUCCAGUGUACGACAUGCCUCCUCCUCCUGAGAGCGAGGAGCACAUGGCCGCCAUACAGGAAACAGCGGAGCCGGAACCGGAGCCAGAGCCAGAGCCAGAACCAGAGGCUGAGCAGGAACCGGAAUUCGAACGGCCCCCGGCUCUGCCUCCACGCUCAGAGGACCCCGUUGAGCCGGACGCCCCCCCGCUGCCGGACAGGUCACCAGACGUGGACGAGGUCGAGUACGAGGAUCUUGGCGAUCCUCCCUCCGGGCCGACAGGUGAUGAGAAGCCACCAAUUUAUUUCCCCAAACUCCCUUUUUUAUCCUCGUCUCACACUAUUAAUUUCUUCUAUAAAGACGCGGCUGAUAACGACUAUGAGGAUCUGUCACGUGACUUGAAGGCGAUAGCAAUUUAUGACUACCAGGGAGAGGCUGACGAUGAGAUCUCCUUUAAUCCAGAGGAUGUCAUCACCGACAUAGAGAUGAUUGACGAAGGCUGGUGGAGGGGACAGUGCAACGGACGCAGUGGCCUGUUCCCGGCCGCUUACGUUCAGAUUAUGUAGAGAAAAACAGCUCGCUCUGCACGCGCUUCAUUUAGGCUAACUCAGGUUUCUUCAACUAUUACCCACAGCAGAGCUGUUCAGCUCAGUAUUUAUGGAACAAAACGCAAAUCAAUCGUUUACCGCAGGUGUUUAUGAGGAUCUGAAGAUGGAAAAAGUUACAAUUUUUACUGCAGAUGGCUAAUUACAGACAAUAAAACCAUUAAACAAAUGUUGUUCUGACUUUUUUACAUUCUCCAUAUUUGGCAAAAUUCGGCAAUUCAGAUUUAUGACUCAAGGCAAACCGUAUCUUCCAACAAGAUUAGGUGUAUUAUGUUAAAAUUGGAAAAACUGUAAUCACGCACAACUUAAAAGGUAAGAAAAGAAAUAACACUCCAAAACAGAAAAAUGAGUCAGUGUGAAGAAAAGUUUCCAUUUCUGGCAUAUAUAAAUUCAGACUGAUCUGACACAAGUUUUAUGUUCAUAACACUUGCUUUGAACUCAAAAAGGAGUUGAUGUUUAACAGUCCGCUCAAAGAGGUUUAGCAGCAGAGAUCUGACGCUUGGUGCUGCGUUCCUGCACCUAAAGUCCUUGAAACAAAGCCCCAUCUUGGGGUUUCUCGGUUCUACCAGGCUAUGCCCUUCUUCUUCUUGCCCUUGCCACUCUUCUUUGUCAUCCGUUUGCCUUUCAGCUUCUUGGCCUGCCUCUGGCUCAUCCAGGUGGGAUACUGUCCAUGUUCAUCCAACAGAGUUGUCUUGCUGCGCAUCUUAUCCAUGUCCAUCUUUCCAUCAUCAACCUCUUCUUCUGCCAUUUCAACAUCGACCUCCUUCUUUAUCUUCUCAGCUUUCACAACUGUGGCGAUCUCCUGCAGCUCGGUCAUGUCAGCUUCUCCUUUCUUAUCCAGACUCAGAGCUUGUUUGAGUCGAGCCAGCUCCUUAGGAGCAUUUUUCUUCCUCUUCUCUGCACGCAUCUUCCGUUUCCAUUUGCUGCGGAGGCUUUUGGCCAUUUUGAAAAUAUUCUGGUUAAACGUUUACGGUUCCAACAGAAAACACACGCCAACAGCUCAGUACACGUGUUUACAAGAGGAAAAAAAAAGAUGACGCACUUUGAUAGAAGGUGUAAACGGAUUGGCUGUUUCGCACAAACUUGAAGAAGGUAUCAUGUAAUUGGCCAUUGAGCGAAAAGCAGGAAGUACAUGGGAUUUUGGACCGUAAACAAAAUGUCGUGCAGAGUGGACUUGUUUUAAACUGCCUCACACCUUAAUUUUGCAGAGAUGUGCAAUUUAACCAGCUGGGGGUGACAUAGCAUCACCAUUUUUUAUAUAUAUAUAUCGUUCUCUUGUGUGGGUCUAAAACCAGCCAUGAGUAGCGACUCGGUGGGCCAAGCUGUCUCAGGUGGCAGGUUCGGUUUAGUCUGCAGUCCUUCUUCUCCGACUUGUCCGCAGACUUUGAACAUGCUGGACUCGGCUGCGGAGCUGAUGAUGGUCCACAGAGAUUUCCAGGCGGCUCUGGACGCGUGCGACAGAGGUCUGCAGAGCCUCGGGGACUUGGAUCCAGAAGACAACAGAUACGGAGAGGUGAAAGCUGGGUUCUGCAUCGUGGGGAUUCAGGCCCUGGCGGAGCUGAAUCGGUGGCAUGGCGUCCUCUCCUGGGUGCUGCAGCACUACGAGCACCUGGAAAACAUCCCAGCAAAAAUCAUGCAGAUGUGCAUACUUCUGUACUGGAAGGUGGGAGAGGCUGCUGGGAUGCGGGAGGCAGCCAGGGUUUGGCUGCACUGCCCCUCAAACCGCUCCACGGCUGGGUUCCGGACGGUGGCAGAGCUCUACCUACUUCACGUGCUGGUGCCUCUCGGACUCUCCGAAGAGGCGCGGGAGCUGAUCGCGGGGGAGGUCGGCGACGCCGCCUUCACAGAGGAGCAGAGGCGGGUGGCGCUGGAUGUGGUGGGAGAAAGGGAAGAAGCAAACCGAGAGCCGCCUCCAGACCCCGGGGGCGGUCCCAGCUCUGAGCUCAGCGCGCACCCCGGAUCCACCCCAGGUUCUGCAAUCCAGAAACUUGAAGCCAUGCUCAGGUUUUUAUACAGGAAGCUCUUGAUCUCUGGCUCUGGCUUAUUCCCCCUGCGGAGAGUCUUUCUGGCAGCUGUCCUCCUCUAUAUGCUUUUUAUCCGAUUGGAUCCAGCUCUCCCGUCUUCAUUUAUGUGGAUAUCCCAACUUCUUCAGCUGGUCAAACAGAUGUGGAGAUCCAUGUUUGCACCAUACUAUCAGGCCGUUGCUGAGGGCAAAGGACUAUAAAGCACUGAAAAGUCCCAGUGUGUUCACAGCUUUGAUUUUAAUGUCACGUCUGUUUUGUUAAACGCGAUGCUUUAACAUCUGGAGCCCGAAAACCAUCAAAGUAAUCAUUCUUUCUUUUUAGGCCAAUAACCUCUUUUUCAAUCGCAUGUCUUUGAGGGUUGUUAAUCCUUUCGAUUCAUGUGAUUUACUGACCAAACAAAUGCUGAACAUGCACAUUAGUAGUGCAGCUUGUGUUCGCUGUUGCAUUAAAACUGAAGUAGUUUUUGUGGCUACAUGUGAGAGGAAGUGAAGUACCAAUCAGGGGAAACAAAGAUGCUUUCUCCCAGUUUUUGGAGUCAAAUCUUUAUUUCAGUGGAACUUGAGAUUCAUGGAGAUUUAGGAAAUCCUAAAUCUAAAAGUUUAAAUGAACCUUAAAAAUCACAAAAUGUCCAGGAGAAGAAGUUUUUCACUUUGACUUGUUACACACGAAUAGUGCGAAUGUUUACAGGUGAGCUCCCUUUUGACACUGAUAGUUUGAUUUAUAGCAGUGUACUGGCUUUGCCUUGCCUUGCCAGACCCAGAAAUCUCUAAACUUUUAUGAGCUCAGAGAGACAGCCACGUGUUCUGUUGAUGGUUUAUUUUCUUUCUAAUAAGUGAGCUUAUGAGCAACAGGUGGCCACCAAAUUGUUCCAAACCCCACCGCAUUUUAGAUUCAUUAUCAGAAUAAAAAUGGAGAA